CGCAGCUCGCGCGCGCGCGCGGAUUCCCUGUGAAAGAUGGCGGCGUUGUGAGAGGAAGGUGGAUCGGCAAUUGCGUGGCUCAGGGGCUUGCGGUUUAUCGUGGAACUUGCAGAAUGGUGUUGCCUGUAAUUGAUGGAUAAGUGCAAGCAUGUCGGGCGGCUUCGGCUUGCCCAGGAUCAUUCGAUUCUAAAUCCUCAAAAAUGGCAUUGUAUGGAAUGCAAUACCACAGAAUCGAUGUGGGCAUGUCUCAGCUGUUCAAAUGUUGCCUGUGGACGAUACAAUGAAGAACAUGCACUCAAACAUUUUCAGGAAAGUAAACACCCCGUGGCCUUGGAAGUAAAUGAACUGUAUGUGUUUUGUUAUAUAUGUGAUGACUAUGUGUUAAAUGAUAAUGCCACAGGUGAUCUAAAAUUAUUGAGGAGCACUUUAAGUGCAAUUAAGAGCCAAAAUUAUGACCGUACAACUAGAAGUGGUAGGACUUUGCGGUCAAUGGCAGGCGGCGAUGACUCUUAUCUUUCUCGGGGAUGUACACAAGCACAGCUGCGAAAUGAAGAUAGGAUGUUCACAGCACUUUGGCAUCGGCGUAGAUCUCUUUUGUCUAAAGUUUUCCAGUCUUGGUUUGCACUGACACCCACAGGGAAACUGAGACUUGUAGAAGAGCGAUUAAAGGAGGAGGCUGAAAUUAAAAGAGCAGAUGCCAGAAAAAGACGACAAGAGCUGAAACGACGGCUGUGUGAAAAGUUUGCAAAUUUGCCACCAUGUAAGAGUUCACGUAUAAAAGAAUCCUCUCGUUCCAAUGGUCAGUCAACUGAACAUGCAUCUGCAAAAUCUCCAGCAGUAACAGCUGGCCUUUCUUCAGGUACAGUUAGAUUGAAAAAAAUUGGUGAUUCUCCCAUUAAGCGGAGGCCAACUGUCACACCUGGUGUGACAGGACUGAGGAAUUUGGGUAAUACUUGCUAUAUGAACUCCAUUCUACAGGUGCUUAGUCAUCUGCAAGUGUUCUGUGAAUGUUUCUUGGAUCUUGAUUUAAGUUAUUCCCAAGACUUGCUGGCUGGUACAGCAAAUGGGAAAACCAGGUCUUCUAGCAAGCAAUAUUUUGGUGACACAAGUUCAAGUUCAUCUCUGGAUGUGGAAAAGAGUUUGAGGCGACCCAGUUUUUCUGAAGGCUUAAGUGGGGGAGCAUCUCAGAGCCAAAGUAGAGAGCUCAUUCAACGAAAAGAGCCUAACUCAAAGCAUAUUUCUCUCUGCCAUGAGCUCCAUACACUUUUUCUGGUCAUGUGGUCUGGCAAAUGGGCAUUGGUAUCUCCCUUUUCUAUGCUGCACUGUGUCUGGAGACUUAUUCCAACAUUCCGUGGAUAUGCCCAGCAGGAUGCUCAGGAGUUCCUUUGCGAGCUGUUGGAUAAGGUUCAGCAGGAGUUGGAAGCUUCACGAACAGUGUAUACACCAACGAUUCCUAUAUCACAGCGAAAACUAUUCAAAAGAGUUCUGAAUGUGAUUAACACCAUUUUCCAUGGACAGCUACUCAGUCAGGUUACAUGCCUUACUUGCGACAACAAAUCCAACACAAUUGAAUCCUUCUGGGACCUUUCUCUAGAAUUUCCUGAAAGAUACCACUGCAAUGGAAAAGAAGAUGCUUCCCAAUAUCCUUGCCUGUUGACAGAAAUGUUAGCAAAAUUCACAGAGACUGAGGCCUUGGAAGGGAAAAUUUAUGCCUGUGACCAAUGCAACAGAAAGCGCAGGAAGUCCUCCUCUAAACCAUUGAUCCUAACUGAAGCACAGAAGCAGCUAAUGAUCCACAAACUACCUCAUGUUCUGCGUCUGCACCUCAAACGCUUUAGGUGGUCAGGUCGCAAUCACCGUGAGAAGAUAGGAGUCCAUGCCAGCUUCGACCAGGUAUUAAAUAUGGAACCAUACUGCUGCCGGGAGUCAACUGGAGUCCUUGGAGCCAAUUGCUUCAUGUAUGAUCUGGCUGCUGUGGUCAUGCAUCAUGGGAAGGGCUUUGGCUCAGGACAUUAUACAGCGUAUUGCUACAAUACAGAUGGAGGAUUGUGGGUCCACUGUAAUGAUUCAACAGUGACUAUCUGUACCGUGGAUGAAGUUUGCAAAGCUCAGGCCUACAUCCUCUUUUAUAUCCGUCGACUCCCUCAUGGCACUAAACUACCAUCACCACCUGCCUCACCUGGUAAUAACUGAACACCAGCAACACAAUUACAGCUUGUAUACUCGUUAUAAUUACUUUCUCAACACAGCCCUAGCCCACGGAUUUUGUGGAUAUGCAUUUUAUGGAUGACUACACUGAUGUCAGACUUUCCUUUUUAAAAAGGUGCAUAAUUACUAGUUUUAUAGUGUUUUUAUCAAGUAAUUAUUUGGGUGUCGAAGUAAAUGCUUUCAAUUGCUUUACAUGAAAUAACCAUCCUAUAAUAAUUAUGUACGUACAGAACAGCAUUUGUAAUUUUCAUAUCUGGUAUGUGGAGUUCAACAGAUCACUAAUGGAGACCUCAUACCGUUAGUUUAUUGUUUGGUGUAACAGUGUUAAUAUAUCUAUUUUGUCAGUCUUUUAGUUUUGUUUUCCAUUGAUCUGACACAUCGCUUUUACAUUGUUUACUGGUUAAUUGUAUUAUAAUGGUCUUUGUGGAAUCUGCAGUGAUCCUUGGUUUUAAAUCUCUAAUAUUUUAUCUGCAACAUUUAAGAUCUUGUAUUGAACAUGCACUUUUAUCCAUUAAUGUGACCCCUCCACAGACAUCCAAAUUGAAAAGUAAUGUUUAAUUUUAUUUCUAAAUUAAAUGAGGAUGAUGGUUGUGCUCCAGCUCUGCACAGCCUUGGUGAAAAUAUUUUUGGAAGUUAUGUCAGUUUUGGAUUCUGUAGCUUGUGAAGGCCUUGCUAAAAUGCAGUAUAGAUUUACUGUAGAAAUGAAGAAACACAGGAUAAGAUGUUAAUAUCCCUUGUACCAAUGGGUCGUGAACACUUGCUCGAGGUUGCCUUGUUGGGGGUGGCACAGGGUUGACACGCAGGGCUUUUUGAGUGGGCACCCUCUUUCCUCUAUGUUUCAUCAGUUAGCCCACUACAUCUCCAGAGGGCUCAAUGAUAACUUCUGAGCCCCAGAGUCAUCCCUCGUUGUGUCCUCCCACUCUUGAUGCUAAGUUGGAGCCCAAGGGAUGUUUUUUCACUUGAUCCAAAGCUAUUGAUUACUACUUUCUGUGGCCCCGGUGGUUCUGAUGGUUUACUGUAGAGUCUGACCAUGGAUCCCUAGUUCCUUCAGCAAUUUGACGGUGGAUGUGUUUAUAAAUCCCUUACAACCCACGUCCACAGCACAAUCUUUGGUUUUCCAGCCCCUUUGCUGAGCUUCAGCAGUUAGAUCUGCAUAGUGUAGCCUCUUGCACUCAUAAGCUUCAGCCACUGAAUCCUCCCACAGGACUCUGUGUUUCAUGAUGUAGAUGAUCUGUAAUGAAUUAGUGUGGUCUAAGGUUGGCGGUAGCAAUUUCUGGUGAAAAGGUGAGUUGUUUAUUGACAUCCUCCAGCAUUUUCCAGUCAAGGGCCAUGUUCAUCUGCCCUGUAUCUGGCUUAGGGGGUAGAUUAGUUGGCCUGUUCCUUCCCUCCCGGGUGAAUGCUGCUGGUGUCAGAGAGUUCGUUGUUCUAGGGGGCAGUGAGGUCGUUGCUAUCCUCUUGGUCUCGAUUGGCAUUACCAGGCUCUUCAAGACCUGGUUCUGAUGCCACAUGUAUCUGCCUUGUAUGAGGCUGGUUUUCCAGCUUGCCAGGAUAUGAUUGAGGGGUGCCAGAAUCGGGCACAGGGGACAAGUUGGGCUCUCACUGAAUCAUCGGUGGAGGUUUCUUGUGAGGGAAACACAUCAUAUGUAGCUCUGAUGAGAAAGCUAGGUCUGUUUGCUUCCAUCUCCCAUAUGUCCUUCCAGCUGACUUCCCUCCUCUCAAUGCUUUCCCACUGCAUCCAUUGUCCCUGCUUAGCCCCUUGCACUUUUGUCUGACUAUUCUUGUCACUGUACUUCCUUGACAACCAUUUUCCUUUGCUCUGGAAUAGUGGCCUUGUGCCAGGUGGGUCCACUUGCUGUCAGACAAAGCUGCCCCUGCCCUGUUGGACUUGCCCCACAACGUCUCUAUCCCUAAGGGCUGCUGUUGCUGCACCACAUCAACUGGGGUCCGAUUCCGCCCAUUUGAUAAGGUCCGUGCAGUGUUACUGAUGGUCUUCUCAUGAGGGUCUUUGAUUGUCAUUGAUUGACAAACCUCGGAAUACCUGAAUUUCUAUAAGGCCAGUGAAAGGUAGUUCAAGGACUCCUUUACCAUAGAGACUGAUGUUACUGAUGCACCUUUGGACACCGAGCCACUUCUUUACAAAUGACAUGGUGGUUCGCUCGAGCUUUUUCAAGGUUGUUGGUGAUACCUCGUAGACACUGAGUGGCCUCAUCCCCUGGGGUAGGAGUCCAAAUUGUAAACACUAGAUCUUUAGUUUUCCUGGCAGCAUGGUCUUGUCGAUGUUAUCCAGGCUGCUUUAGUUGCUUUAGUUGCAGUACCAGCUCUUUGUCUUUGAGGCUGGCGUUGUACCACCUACCCGUGCUUUUGUCAGGCUGUUCAGACACUGUUGGAAUUGGGUCAUCACAGAUGAAGAACUUUGUCUUUCACCAUUCCCUGGACUGUAGAGAUGCUUCGUGACUUGCUGGGUCUGAUUUUCGUUCUGGCCCACUUGAUGUUUUCCUGUAGCUUUCCAAGUAGUCGCUUAGUGCAAGCUGCAGUAGUGAUCAGUGUUGUUAUAUUGCCCAUGUAUGUCCUAAUAAGAAGACCAAGUCCAGCACUUGUUCUUUUACUGCCUACCACUAGCCCUGAUAAUAACCUCCAUGGCCAUUAUGAAGACCAGGGGUGAUAUUACUGUUGUGAAGCACAAUUGCAGUUCUUGGAAGUACAACUUCCCCAGAGUUGUGAUGGGCUCUGGUAUCAAAUGCUUCCCAGAGGAGUGCAUGGGGAAUUGAGCGGAAUGAAUGGGCGGGGUCCAGGAAGAUCACAUGGAGAUUUUUUAAUGUCCUUCCUAGCUGCUUGGAUCAGAUGCCACAUUAUGUUUGUUUGUUCCAAACACCCGGAGAACCCUGGAAUUCCUGCUUUCUAUACAGAUGUGUCAAUGUACUUGUUUUUCUCCAGGUAGCUGGCCAGCUUCUGUGCUUAGUGAAGAAGCUGUUCCCCCUCAACGUUCAGAAGACAGAUUGAUCAUAGCUGACUGUUCUCUGCAUGCUUUUCUUUUGAAUAAGGACACCACCAGACCCCCGCCACACUUUGGGUAUUAUUCACCUCUGUUACACUACCCUCAUGAGCCUCCAGAGAAACUGCAAGACAUCUGGUGCGUUCUUGUAAAGUACUCCAUUAGGCCCUGGAGCAGAUGCUGCUCCUGCCUGUCAGAAUCCAGGUGAUAAAUGGGGGACUGAAUUGGUGGGAUGUCAAAUGGAAUGAUCAUAUGUUCCUGCCUUUUCAAGUUGAUGUGAAUCUUUUCCAGGUACUCUUCCAGUUCCUACUUUGAAAGUUCCACUUUUUACUGGUGUGAUGAGACCUUUAAUGAACCUGAAGAGUCUACUCCACAGUCUAUUGCUAAAAUAAAUAAAAUUUUAUAAAAACUCGCCCACACAACUGUGUUGCAUUCCUUGAUGUAGCCACUGACUCUUCCUCUCCUGAUGUUCUGCCUGAUCCCAGCUCCACAUUUCUGUUGUGUCUUCACUAUCCUCUUUAACUUUAUUUUUUAUUAAUUUACUUAGCUUUAACUGUACUUCACUAAAUCUGCACCCCCACCCUCAUUGUGUAGCAGAGAUCUCACCUUAGAGUCCCUUUAGAACAGAAAUGUGGAGAAACUUCUUGAGCCAGAGGGUUGUGAAUCUCUGGAAUUCAUUGCCACAGAUGGCUGUGGAGGCCAAGUCAUUGGGAAUAUUUAAAGCAAAAGUUGAUAGGUUCUUGAUUAGUAAGUGUGUUAAAGAUUACAGGGAGAAGGCAGGAGAAUGAGGUUGGGGAGAAAAUAAAUUAACCACGAUCAAAUAGUGGAGUAGACUUGAUGGGCUGAAUGGCCUGAUUCUGCUCCUCUAUCUUGUGAUCUUUGUAUCCCUGUUCAAAGAGGUCGAGAUCCAUCAGGUGUUGAGCUUUUCUGUAGCCUCUGUCUCCAUGCUAGUUUCUUUGGUAAGAAAUCUUACCCCAACUGAUGAUCCUUUCUCCUAUCUUCAACAGACAUUCCCUUCUGGCCUCUUAUCCCCUCUCAUUUUUUUCAUUUUCAGCUGUUUGCCUGACAUUAGCCAUAUUGACAUCUCCAAUCCCUUCACCCCAUCCAACCUGUGAAUUCACCCCCGUCUCUCCACUCUUGUCUGCCCUGAUAGCAACCACAGCAUCUACCCCACAGACAAGGAUGGUGGUGUUGUAUUUUGGAGGACUGACCUUCACUUUACAGGGGUCAGAUGGCAGAUAUCAGACACCACUUCUUACUUACCCCUGGACCAGAACCUGGCCAACUAGCGCCUGGCCACCAUCUCCCAAACCUUCACAGAUUUAUCACCUUUCAAAAUCUUCCAUCUACCACUUACAACUUAAUAGUUUCCUAACCACAUGGUCCUGUUUCUGUGUUCUGCCCAAUCUGGGUAAAGGGUCCUGUGAAGUUUUAUUUACUGUUUUCAAAAUUUUUUGCACUUGCGUCUGACCGUUAACUGCCUAACUCUUGGCCUGCCGAAGGUUCUUGGCCCAAAAAGUUGACUGUACUUUUUUACAAAGAUGCUGACUAAUCUUCCGAGUUCCUCCAGCAUUUUGUGUGUGUUGCUUAGAUUUCCAGCAUCUGCAGAUUCUCUUGUUUGAACUCUUGAAUUGUUUGAGCUUGUGUUUAUAAUUUAAACUCUUCAGUUAUAAUUUGUUCUAAAUGAACAAAUAACCAUAUAACAAUUACAGCACAGAAACAGGCCAUCUUGGCCCUUCUCGUCCAUGCCAAAUGUUUACUCUCACCUAGUAGGGAACCUACUUUUCAAAAAUUGAAUAUAUCAUGCCAUACUGCAAGUUUGGAUAGGAGUUGACGCUGCUGUGCUAUCGCCAUGAUUUGACAAAUGCUGAUGUGUACCCUGCUACAAUAUACUAUAGUUUACACAGUAUUUCAGUACUGGCUGUUGCUAACAUGUGACCAUGUUGGAGCCAGCAAAAUAUUGCUGGUGUGAAACAGUUACUUAGGAAAAGGUCUGGAGGAAAUGCAAUACAUAAAAAUGAUAGCUGCAGCUUUCACUCAGACGUUCAUCCGGUAUCUUACUUUCAGUUAUUUAGCCUCAGCUAAUUGUAAUGCAAAAUAAUUCAGUAUAUUGUAUCAAUCCUGCUCUUAGAUAUCGAGGUAAUCCCAUUAUGUGUUUCCUUAUGCUCUGCAUCUUCCUUGUUUCUAUGUUGUUUCUACAAGGGAAAGUGAUUAAUAACCUUUGCCUCAUGGGCUGUUGUUCUGAUGUGGUUUAACGCAGUUCUAAUUUUGCUUUGAAAUACAAAUCUAUAGCUAAGUGAGAUUAAUUGAGUUCUGGUGAAAAUUCUUUGAGAAAUUCAGAACAUGAAUGCAAUUUGCUGGAGUUAUACUUUAAAUGUUGAAAUGUUGUGCUUUAAUGUAGGAAAUCAUUUUGAAUAUGAUUGUAUAACAAUUAACAAUUAAUAUAAAAACAGAAUAUGCAUCACUGUGGAGAUAGAAGCAGAGUUAAUUCAAGCUGAUUACAUUUGAAACACCAGAAAAUCUGCAGAUGCUGGAAAUUCAAAGUACACACAAAAUGCUGGAGGAACUCAGCAGGCUGAGACCGAAAUAUUGACUGUUUACUCUUUUCCAUAGAUGCCUGCUGAGUUCAUCCAGCAUUCUGUGUGUAUUGCUUUUGAAAGAAUUUUCUAUUCUUAUUGUAACUCUCCAGCUCUUAGUCAUUGAAUUUGUACAGUACAGAAACUGGUCUUUUGGUACUUUACCUUGCAGAAACCAGAAAGCAGCUCUUGUAGACUGGUUACUGGGAUCAUUUUGGGAAACCCGGAGAUCAUGACAAGGCCCGAAACAUCGACAGUGCUUCUCCCUAUAGAUGCUGCCUGGCCUGCUGUGUUCCACCAGCAUUUUGUGUGUGUGGUUGUUUGAAUUUCCAGCAUCUGCAGAUGUCCUCGUGUUUGAUCAUUUGAGAUGCCCAGUUCUUUAAAGUACCCUUCCACUCUGAAUUUUGUUUAAAGUACUGGCUUUAUAAAAGGGACUGAAAUUCCAUAAAUCUUGUGCAAGUCUCCGACUGCAUCAGUGAGCAUUUGGGUAAUUGUGUAAUAAAGUGAUUAGUGUCAGUGUGAAGUUAAUAAUGAAGGUAGUUUGUUCCUUGUUCCAUGCUUUUCAUGAAAGCAUAGACCAUUUACUGUUUCAUCUUUUUGAAUUUACAUCUGAAAAGGAAACCAAAUCAUCAUUUAAACUAUUAAGAAUCUGUUUUGGGUCACCUUUAAUCGGGAAAGGUUCUUGAGUCUGUGUGACAUAUAUUUCAAGUAAGAACGUGCAAAAUUCACAGAGGAAAAAAAGGUCUGUUUGCAUAUCAGGGCUCAAAAAAGUGCAACCUCAUCCUUGGUAAUAUGACAUUUAAUGUUUCAACUGUGUUCUUAAUAUGAUUUUUCACCUUUAAAUGCCUGUUUAUAUCUUUUGUGUGCUUUGGAUCAGUAUUUCUACACCAUGCUUUCUUUCUUCAAGUCAUGCUGCUUGACUACUCAUACUUUUGCCCAACGGAUCUUGAAGCAGUCUGUUAAUCCUUGAUUACUUUCCCCUCUCUCUGCUUCAUUGAUCUUUACCAUCCACCCAAAGUGCCAAGCUUAGGUUUUGAAGCAAAUUCCAAAUUGCUACAAAAUUGCCUAUUAAGGCAGAUAGUUGCAUCAGGUUCAUAGUAAUAUUUUUACUUUUAUUGAGCACACUGGGAAUUCUAAAGCAUCAAAUAGUUGAUGAUCUUGUAAAUAAUUCAUGACAACCUGUGAACUUACUUUUAUGUGGAUUUUUGGUGGUAUUCCACAUCUUCUGCAGACUUGGUAAAGGUCAGAUUAGGUGUUUAUAAAAUUGCAUCAACCAUGCUAAUUUCAUGCUGUGCUUGUUGCUUAGAGCUGUGACUGUGCUACUGUUGGCCUGAUCAGCUGUCAUUGAAACAUCCCUUAAGAACCCAUGUUCAUAUUUCUUAUAUUAUUGCAUAGAAAGCUAUUUCACCCAGUAUGGCAGUUCUUGGAGUUCACACAAUGCAACUUCCCCAUUAACCAAGAUUCAAGGUUGUCCAAUGUCAUUUCCUAUACACAAGUGUAAGAACAAAAUAAUUGUUACUCUAGAUCUGAUGCAGCACAAAAAAUUUAAAGAUAAAGAACACAAACAUAAAUAUAGAGCUUAUAUACAUAGGGUGGUAUGUCCACCACCUACUUACACUAUGGGUAUUUCAUGGUGGCCAGUAAUCUAUCAACUAGUGUGUCUUUUGGAUGUAGAUGGAAAGGAUAACCCACAGGGAGAACUUUCAAACUCGACUAACCACUGGAGCUCAGGAUUGAACCCUGAUCUCUGGAGCUGAGGCAGCAGCAUAAUCUGUUAGACCCGUGCUUUUUUUGCAUUGAUGCUUUCUAAAAUUUUAAACAAUGAUCAAGAGGGGUCUUAAUGUUUUCAGUUCUCAUUAAUGAGCUAUUGAAUUCUCUCCUCUUUCUGGGACCAUUGUAUGAUUAUGCCUGUUCUAAUUUUGGUGAAAUUUAUUUUGGUUGAAAUACAGUGAGAAGUUCUUAAUGUAUGGAUAUUUUUCUAAAAUGUGUAUCAAAGAGAUUAAAGUUAAUCAUGAAUAUGGUUGUGACAUAAAAUGAGUUCAAAUGGGAAAAGAAUGUGUCUCAAAUGUUUUCUACAGUCAAGGUUUAGAUUCAAGAUUCUAUUUUUUGUAAAUGUGGCUCUAACUUGAAAUUUUACAUAUGUGCAACUAGCUUUUAUUGACAAGUUGACCUAUAUCAUAGCAGCAUUUUAUACAGUACAAUAGAGGGAAAAAAAGCUUUUACCCAAUUUGGUUAAAAGAUGAUUAUUCAUUUUGCUAUAUGAAAAUUGUUGGUUGUUGUAAAGAAAUGCUAUGCAAAAUUGUUACUUCAACUUUAGAUAUCUUACCUCAAUAAAAUUUUUAAAUAAACAGGA